AUGUCCCCAGCUGCCCUAGAUCCCUGUGCCUCCGGCCCCUGCCUCAAUGGAGGCUCCUGCUCCAAUACCCAGGACCCCCAGUCCUAUCACUGCAGCUGCCCCCGGGCCUUCACCGGCAAGGACUGCGGCACAGAGAAAUGCUUUGAUGAGACCCGCUACGAGUACCUGGAGGCGGGCGACCGCUGGGCCCGCGUGCGCCAGGGCCACGUGGAACAGUGCCAGUGCUUGGGGGGCCGGGCCUGGUGCAGAGGCACCCGACGUACAGCUUGUCUGAGCAGCCCUUGCCUGAACGGGGGCACCUGCCACCUGAUCGUGGCCACCGGGACCACCGUGUGUGCCUGCCCACCAGGCUUCGCUGGACGGCUCUGCAACAUCGAGCCUGAUGAGCGCUGCUUCUUGGGGAACGGCACUGGGUACCAUGGCGUGGCCAGCACCUCAGCCUCGGGCCUCAGCUGCCUGGCCUGGAACUCCGAUCUGCUCUACCAGGAGCUGCACGUGGACUCAGUGGGCACUGCGGCCCUGCUGGGCCUGGGCCCCCAUGCCUACUGCCGGAAUCCGGACAAUGACGAGAGGCCCUGGUGCUAUGUGGUGAAGGACAGCGCGCUCUCCUGGGAGUACUGCCGCCUGGAGGCCUGCGAAUCCCUCACCAGAGUCCAACUGUCACCGGAUCUCCUGGCGACCCUGUCUGAGCCAGCCUCCCCGGGGUGCCAGGCCUGCGGCAGGAGGCACAAGAAGAGGACGUUCCUGCGGCCACGUAUCAUCAGCGGCUCCUCCUUGCUGCCCGGCUCGCACCCCUGGCUGGCCGCCAUCUACAUCGGGGACAGCUUCUGCGCCGGGAGCCUGGUCCACACCUGCUGGGUGGUGUCGGCCGCCCACUGCUUCUCCCACAGCCGCCCCAGGGACAGCGUCUCCGUGGUGCUGGGCCAGCACUUCUUCAACCGCACGACGGACGUGGCACAGACCUUCGGCAUCGAGAAGUACAUCCCAUACACCCUGUACUCGGUGUUCAACCCCAGCGACCACGACCUUGUCCUGAUCCGGCUGAAGAAGAAAGGGGACCGCUGUGCCACACGCUCACAGUUCGUGCAGCCCAUCUGCCUGCCCGAGCCCGGCAGCACCUUCCCUGCAGGACACAAGUGCCAGAUUGCGGGCUGGGGCCACUUGGAUGAGAACGUGAGCGGCUACUCCAGCUCCCUGCAGGAGGCCCUGGUCCCGCUGGUCGCCGACCACAAGUGCAGCAGCCCUGAGGUCUACGGCGCCGACAUCAGCCCCAACAUGCUCUGUGCCGGCUACUUCGACUGCAAGUCCAACGCCUGCCAGGGGGACUCAGGGGGGCCCCUGGCCUGCGAGAAGAACGGCGUGGCUUACCUUUACGGCAUCAUCAGCUGGGGUGACGGCUGCGGGCGGCUCCAUAAGCCGGGGGUCUACACCCACGUGGCCAACUAUGUGGACUGGAUCAACGACCGGAUACGGCCUCCCAGGCGGCUUGUGGCUCCCUCCUGACCCUCCAGCGGGACACCCUGGUUCCCACCAUUCCCUGCCUUGCUGACAAUAAAGAUAUUUCCAAGAACCCGGC